GUCUGUCACGUUUGUUUUCGCUAAAGAUUCGCACCUUUGAAUAUUUCUUCUAUAUCUAUUUUUAAGUCAUGGAAGAAUUGAAUACCCCCCAAAUAAUUACCCAUAUUGAAAAUAACUUAAACCAUUCACUAUUUGAUUGCAAGUGGAUACCAUGUUCGGCUAAAUUUAUAGUACUUGGUUCUUUACCGAAAGGCUCGGGUACCAUUGAAAUAUUUGAAAUAAACGCCGGAGAAAUUAAGAAAAUAAAAGAAAUUGAGAGGUCUAACUCGUUUAAAUGUGGAACGUUUGGAGCAAGUAGCGACAUUGAGAGACGAUUUGCUACUGGAGACUUUAGAGGCACUUUGGAAGUAUGGGACUUAGAAAAAGGUUCCCAAGUGUACAUAACAAAAGAACAUUCAGAUAUAAUUAACUCAAUAGAUGGGAUGGGAGGUAACACAACCAACUGUGGAGCUCCUGAAAUUGUAACUGGCAGUAGAGAUGGAACAGUAAAGGUUUGGGAUCCAAGGCAAAGAGGUAAACCUGUUGCAAACAUGCAACCAAUGCAAGGUGAGACUAGAAGGGAUUGCUGGGCUGUUGGCUUCGGAAACUCAUUUAAUGAUUCUGAAAGGAUUGUAGUUGCUGGUUAUGACAAUGGAGAUCUUAAAAUGUUUGAUUUGAGAACAAUGUCACUUAGGUGGGAAUGUAAUUUGAAGAAUGGAGUAUGUUCCUUAGAAUUCGAUCGUAAAGAUAUUCCAAUGAAUAAAUUAGUGGCAACCACACUUGAAGGGAAGUUUCAUGUUUUUGAUGUGAGGACUCAAAAUCCAACUAAAGGAUUUGCUCAGGUGGUGGAUAAUUCAACGAAGAGCGGUACGAUAUGGAUUGCGCGACACAUCCCUCAGAACCGUGACUUGUUUAUGACGUGUGCUGGUAAUGGGCAAGUCACAUUGUGGAAAUAUGAAUACCCGGUACAGAGGUUCCGGGUGGACACCGAGGGUGUAGCUAUCGGAGUUCCGGGGAAACUGAAACGUCUCCAACGCAUGGUGGUGAGCUCGCAGCCGAUCAACGCUCUGGAAUGGAAUAAAGACCACUUGGGCCUCGCCGUCGCCACCGCAUACGAUCAAUGUAUUCGAGUUCUGAUCACCACUAAGUUGAAUCUGCAGUGAUUUGCUUUAGAAAGGCCGUUUUAUUUGAACAAAGAAACGCGAUUAUUUUUGGCGUGUGGUCGGCAAACAGAGUCAGUAAACAGAGCUGGGCUGGCCAAGACCGGCCCCAGAACCCACACUGACUACAACACAGAUGCCGUUAGCUUACAACACCCGAAGACAGUUCACGUUUCGAUGGUUUUGGAAUUCAUUAUUGUUUUUGCAUUAUGGGGUGAACGAACGGUUCGCCUAUUGUUACGGGAGCCCAUACACAUGGCACCUUGAGACAUGAGGUCGAUGUCUCAGAAGCUUUGUAUUACUACUGUCUCACUCUUCUAACUGGAACAGAUAUCUGUUCAUGUUGUGGAUGUAAGUAAUUUAGUGUGGAACUCUUGAUCUGAUCAGACAAUGUAUUUAAUAUGUGCUGUGAGUAUAUUAAGUUGCUUAAGUUGUAAUUUCAUAUGUUAAUAGUAAAUAAUGAUACUUUAGUUUUAUUGUUUCUUUUUACGUUAUUAAAUUUUUUUAGUUA